AUGUGGGGGCAGGCUCUGAGUUAUCUUGGCGUGGGGAUGGUUGGAGGGAGAUGUAGAGUGGGAGUCCCCCACUGCCUGGUUCUCCUGUGAGGCUUUGGUGUGAGACACCCAGGUAAGGCAGAGGAGCCCUGAGCCCGCCUCCCAUGGACCUCGGGCUUCUUGACUCCUUGUGCCCUGAAUGCCAGCCGGCCUUGGGCAUAGAUCUACCCCCUGCUGACACACUUGCCAUGGGAAGGAGUGACCACACUUACCAUGGAGCUGAUGGCACUGGGCGUCCGUAAUGGCCUGCUGCCAUGGGUGGCAUGGGGGAGGCUGACUUCUGGCUGUCCAGUCCUCCCCCUUCACUUCUUGUGGCUCUCAGUUUUGAGAUGAGCUUCCCAGGUAGGAAACUGCCAAGCAGCUCUCAGGAUGCUGGGCCCACAGGGCACACCUUGUCCCAGCUUUGUGUCCCACCAGCCCCUGGGUUCUGAGCCCUUGUCUAGGGAGCAUCUCCUUGUAUUCCCGGGAGAGCAGGGAUGGCUGCUGCCUUCCACCCAACUGCACAUUUAGGGAGGGGAGUCCUGGAGACCUGGCUCAGUCUUUCUCUGGUUGUGGAGACCCCCAGUAAGGGCUGCUGUUGGCCCGGCCUCCCUAAGGGGCUGCUGUCUGAAGGGCCCAGAUGGGGCCAUGGGAAGCUGAGUAGCUGAGCCCAAGGUCGGGGGCACGCGGCCCUCCCACCUCCUGGCAUCUUUUCUGAGUCCUGUCCAGGCUGUGGCCUCCCCGGAGGCUUCCUGCUCCUCCAGGAACCCAGCACUUGGCCACCGGAGCUGGCUUAUAAAGGGGAAAUAUUUAUAUGCAAUAUUUUCAGGGGAAGAUUUUUCAAGACAUUUAAAACGUAUUUUUCUGUAGCUCUGAUUUCACUGUGAUUGGUGAAUUUAACAUUCUACAAUGAUGUUUCAAGGCAAGAGUUCUUACAUAGUUUUCUGCGCUCUUUCCGGGAGGCGGGAAGGUGGGACCGAGAUUGACAAGCCCCCGCAGUUGCCGACGGUGCCUAGAGCCGCCGCCUUCUCCGCAGGGAGUUUUCUACCGUCCGUAAAGGCGGGAAAGGGGGCGGGACGAGGCGGGGUAGACCGACAACCUUUGCAGCCAGCCAGUCAGCGGCGGGUGGAGGGCCCGAUGCUGCGGCGCGACUUCCGGUUCCGGCGAGGCAGGGAUUCUGGAAAGCUCGCCGCGAUGCCCCUGCACAAGGUCCCGGUCGGCCUGUGGAAGCGGCUGCGGCUGCGCGAGGGCAUCUGCUCCCGCCUGCCCCCGCACUACCUGCGCUCCCUGGAGGAGGCGCGGACGCCCACGCCCGUGCACUUCAGGCCGCAUGGGGCCAAGUUCAAGAUCAACCCCAAGAACGGGCAGCGGGAGCGUGUGGAGGAUGUGGCCAUUCCCGUUCACUACCCCCCGGAGUCCCAGCUGGGGCUCUGGGGCGGCGAGGGCUGGCUGAAGGGUUACAGAUACGUCAACAACGACAAGUUCUCCAAGAGGGUGAAGAAGGUGUGGAAGCCACAGCUGUUCCAGCGUGAGCUCUACAGUGAGAUCCUGGACACCAGGUUCACUGUGACCGUGACCAUGCGCACCCUGGACCUCAUUGACGAGGCCUACGGGUUUGACUUCUACAUCCUCAAGACCCCGAAGGAGGACCUGUGCUCCAAGUUUGGGAUGGACCUGAAGAGAGGGAUGCUGUUGCGGCUCGCCCGACAGGACCCCCAGCUGCACCCGGACGACCCCGAACGGAGGGCAGCCAUCUAUGACAAGUACAAGGAGUUUGUCAUCCCGGAGGCAGAGGCUGAGUGGGUUGGUCUGACGCUGGACGAGGCCGUGGAGAAGCAGAGGCUCCUGGAAGAGAAGGACCCCGUGCCUCUGUUCAAGGUCUACGUGGAGGAACUGGUCGAGCAACUUCAGCAGCAGGCGCUGUCGGAGCCAGCUGUGGUACAGAAAAGAGCCAACAGGACGUAGCUGCCCGGGGACCUGGGCCUGACGGCCAGGCUCAGCACCGUGGACAGAGCCUGGGGCCUGGGUGACAGCCGCCCAUGGGCAGUGGGUGAACCCAUGGCUGUGUGUGCUGGCCACGCAGUUCCUGGGUAGGGUGGGCUUUGCGGAAGCCCCAGGAUCCCCAGAGGCCUGGGGCUGUCUUAACUGCCUGUGUGGCUCGCUGCUCCCUCCCCCUGCAGCAGGGGCCCUGUUGAGGAGGAUUACCACUCUCCGGGCCCAGCCUGAGUAAAGUCUGAGCCAGGCCA